AUGGCAGCCACAGGCUUUGUGGAGGAAAUCCACUCAGUGGGUGAGAGGCUGCUGUUGAAGCUGCAAGGACUGCCCCAGGCUGAGCCCGUGGAGCUGGUGACCUUCUCUAUCAUCGUCCUUUUCACAGCUACAGUCCUGCUACUGAUGCUCAUAGCCUGCGGUUGCUGCUGUGUGCACCCCUGCUGCCCCGAGAGGAGAAGUAGGAAGAUCACCGUGCAGCCCAUAAAACCCAGAUGAGACACUACUCUGAGAUGCCCAAGAGAGGAACUGGACAGGAGCCUUCCAGAACUGUGACACGGGCUAUCAUCCUGGCCAUUCACUCCUCCGGACAGAUCGCUUGGCCUCAGUUCCGCCACUGUCCAGGUGGCGGGACAGGCACCUGGAACCUUACCAAUGAAAAGUGCUGCUCAAUCUGCCGGGGGACACUGCCCACGAAGAGCUGCCUGUUUCAAAGACUCAGGAAACCGCCGGGGUCUGCGGCUAAGCUGUACCUUUCAGGGGCCCCUGCUUUAGUUGUGGGGAGCUGGCCCUUGGGGCUCUGCUGAUUUAUGCCAAAGAGAAGGAAGCUAAUCAGGGACUUUGUGCAAUGUACUACAAUCCAAGCCUCCUGCCGAGGGGGAGGGGGACAGGUCAGUAUUCUAGCUGAAAUGUGCUAACUUCCAA